AAGAAGCGUGCACUCAAAAAUGCCACUUGAAGAUCCACAGGAGUGGGAGAAUAUAGGGAAUGUGUACUAUGCACUCACCACGCUCUAUAAAUAUCACUGGAAUAUCUCCAGUUUCGAGCCCUACGAGAUCGUCACAUCUGGGUACUCAUCUACAAUGGCGAUAUACAGGAACUACAGCAAGCUAGUACCUACAACUAUCACUAACCUACCUGAAAACACCAGCAAUCAGCCGUUUAUUCACAUAUACUCAGCAGAUGGCCUCCAUCUCUCCACUAUCAGCUGCACAUCUCCACCGAUAGCCGUAGGAUUCAGCAGCGCAGACGAGCUCAUUGUCGUAUUAGAUGACUGCCAAUAUAAAAUAUACAACUAUUCUGGAAAGAUACCCACAGCUAGUACCCACAGGAUAGCCAUCAACAGUACAGGGAUCGCAGACGCACGGAUAACGGACGACACGAUAGUCGUACUUACCAACGAGAUGGAAUUCUACGAAAUGACGCUCACUAGCCGACCAACGAAGCUCUCAACAAUGGAAAUCAGGGAUAUACCCUCAGAUUGGACAGUCAUACCAUCCAAGUAUUCCCAGACGUCUCUCACGACUAUUAUCGCAGCCACUGAGGGCGAUAUUCAGCUGUCUGACUCACUAAGCUGUAUGACCCACCCAUUUGGUACGCCCCACGCGCAGAUUAAACUCUCCCCUAAUGCCAAAUUCAUUGCUCUCUUGACGCCGACGCUGCAAUUAAGUAUAAUGACGAGCGACAUGGCUAGAUUACUUACAACAUUCGAUCUCUCGACGAUAGACUCUUACACUCCAGAUGAUAUCGAUUGGUGUGGUUCAAAUGCUGUUGCGGUCGUUUAUAACGAACCCUCACCACAUAUCUGGCUCAUCGGUCCAGGAGGCGAACAUGUUUUGUUCCCCUAUCACAAUGCGACAUCGAUAAAGGCAUACAGUACGCCAUCCUCGAUGCUAGCUAUCACGCCUGAAGCCUUGGACGUCAUCCAGAAAGUUCCUGAGUGUGUACAAGAUGUUUUGGGGGCCACCUCGAGCUCACCUGGGCGCAUGCUUCUCUCUGCUUUCGAGGAACUCGAAAGAGGAAGCUCGAAAUCGGACGAUAUUAUUCGCGAUAUUGGCCAUGACCUUCUUGAGGCGGUUGACAGGGUCAUUGGAGCUGCUGUGGAAUUGUACACACCAGAGAUCCAACGACGAUUGCUCAAAGCUGCGCAAUUCGGCUGGCAAUAUCUCUCCAAUUACAACUCGGAUGAAUUCAUAAAAGUCGCCUCAACUCUGCGAGUGCUAAACGCAUACAGAGAUGUCGGAAUACCCCUCUCAAAGGCUCAAUGUGACAAGCUUGAGCAUGUUGCACUCAUACAGCUCCUCCUCCCGAGACGUAAAUGGGCGAUGGCGAUUAAUAUAUCCAAACACCUUCAGACACCUUCAGACGUUGUGCUUGUUCAUUGGGCAAAUGCUAAGAUUUAUGCUAGCGAUCACACUAUCCCUGAUGAGGAACUCUCCGUUUCAAUUGCAGAGAGGAUAGCUUCAGUGACUAAUACAUUCGUCGGAUGGUCAGAUAUUGCAAAAGUCGCCUAUGAGGUGGGCAGAGUGUCGCUCGCGACCAAGAUGCUCGAUAGGGAGCCACGAGCAAGUGAGGUAGUUCCACAACUGAAGCGGAUGAAGGAGGAUCGGUUAGCGCUUUUAAAGGCUAUUCAAUCAUCUGAUCCUGAUUUAGUCAUUGACGUGCUCCUCCACCUCCGUUCGAGACUCACACUUGGAGACUUCUUCAGAGUCCUAGAGGACGGCGGAAGUGUCUACCAGCUCGCUAAAUCCCUCCUCGUAGUCUACGCCAAAGACAAGGACAGAGAUAUGCUCCGCAAUUUCUAUUUCCAGGACGACAGACGGGUCGAAUCUGCGAAAUUGGACCUCUCAGAAGCUGAGCAAUUGUCUGGUGACGCCAAGGUAUCGAAGGUCAAGUCCGCAAUGAAGUUCUUCAGCGAGGACAAGAACUGUGCUUUUGAGAGCAAGGCUUGUGAUGAAUAUCAGAAACUCUUGACUAUAACGAAUGGUGCAACGUCUGUCAACGAUGCUAUCAGGGAGCUUCUCAACAAAGAUGACAUAAAGGGAGCUGAGAAACUGAAGACUGAUUUCAAGGUUUCUGACAAGAGAUGGUGGUAUCUACGUUUACAUCACUUAAUAGGAAAAUCAGAUUACGAUGGUUUGGAAGAGCUUGCAUCUAGCAAGAAGAGUCCAAUUGGAUACGAACCGUUCGUCAAAGCGCUCAAAAAGGCCGGUAAUAAGAAGCUCGCGGGGGAGUACAUCAAGAAAUGCGAACCAAAACGGCGGGAAGAGCUACUUAAGGGAUUAUAGUGGUCUGUGAAAGUCUGCAAAGGACUGUAAUAUAAAAUAAUGAUGCAUAUACCUAUAAGAGAUAACAUAUGAGUAGAAAUACAUGUCUA